CGAAAAUCUGCAUAAAUUUUAAUGAAUUCAAGUAUCAUCAAUAUUGGAGUCUAUUAAAUACUUCUUAAUCGUGUGAUUGGAUAAGGAUGGCAUUCAACAACAUAUUAAUGUAUAAAUAUCCAAUAAAUGUAAUAAUAAUUGGUGGCCAAAAUCUAUUAAAAUUAGACAGUUCCCAAUGAAGCAGAAAUUAUCAAACUAAAAAAGCUAUAUCAUGCUAACGUUGUUUAAAUUUAUGAAGUAUAUUAAAAUGAAAAGGACGUUAUUAUUAUUAUGGAGAAAUGUCACUCAUCUUUAAGGAAUGAAAUGAGAUUUUAGAAGGAAUAUGAUGAGAUAGAGUUAUUGGCUAUUUUAAGUUAAAUUUUGAAAGGCUAUAAUUAUAUUUUGGAUCAAGGUUUAGAAAUAAAUGAAUUGAAACCAACUAAUAUUAUGAUAGAUGAUAAUGAAAUCAUUAAAGUAGGGUUUAUUCUAUUUUAAAAAGAUCUCGAAUUAUGGUAUGAGUUACCUCUAUAACCAUUCUGAUGUAGAAGUUAGACCUUAUGCGGCCCCAGAAAUCUUCUUUAGCAAUAAGUAGACUGAUGCCAAAAACAUAUAUUCGGUAUUAAGCUUUAAGAUAUUUUAGCUAGGUUUGAUUAUUUAUUAACUUGUAUUUCACCAAUUACCAUUCUCUUUAAAGUAGAAUGGUGAUGUAAUAGUAUUUCUAUAGAGAAUUAAAAAAUCUAAGCUCUCAAUUCCUAAAAAUGUAAAAUUGAUUCUAUAUUAGAAAUUCUAAAAGAUAACUGAGAUUAUUUCCCAAAUGAUAAUUUAUGAUUAUUAAGAAAGGAUUGGUCGAGAGAAAUUGGGAGAAUUAUUACUUUAGAAUUUCAAGAGAGGAAGUAGAAGAAUAGCUAGUAUCUAGCCAAUUGCUGCAAAAGCUGAUGAUUAUUUAUACUUCUGA